AUGCUAAACAAGAAGAGAAAUCUGAGGCUUAUGGCUGGUAUCUUCAUUAUUGGAAUAGUUUGCAUGUUUGAAUAUGCAGAACUAAGCUAUGAAGACGUCCUGCGUUUGGUGACAUUUGCUCGAAAACGGCCAGCAAAUGACAAGUCGCGCUCCUGCACAACAUGUGUGACAGGCUGGAUGAACGAUAUGUGGUUUACAAAACGCUUCCAGCCUUCGGUUCGCCCGUUGUUAUCCAAAAGGAACUGCAUGCUCAGUGAGAAUACUUACAAAUGGUGGCAGCGUCUGCAGUACGUCACACGUAGAGCUAAUUACACUAAAGUGGUGAAGGAAUUGUUCCAGAUCAUUCCUGGAAAAGACCACUAUUUGGAUGGAGGUUCGGAUCGUUGCAGGGUCUGUUCUGUUCUGGGAAAUUCUGGAAACCUCUUGGGAUCCCAUUAUGGCGACCAAAUCGAUUCUGGUGACUGUGUCAUAAGGAUGAACAAAGCUCCCACCAAAGGUUACGAGAGAGACGUGGGGACCAGAACUACUCAUCAUAUCUUCUACCCAGAGAGUGCAGUCAACGUGUCCAAUGACACCAACGUGGUGCUUUUCCCCUUUAAGACUCUGGACCUGGAAUGGCUCAUGAGUGCUUUGACUAACGGUACAAUAAAAAGAACGCGCGAGAAUGUUCCAGCCAGGAUAAAUGCCGAUAAGGACAAGGUGAUGGUACUCAGCCCAGCCUUUAUGAGAUAUGUCCACACCAGCUGGCUUCAGAACAAAGGCGUUUAUCCAUCAACGGGUUUUCUGGCCCUCAUAUUCUCUCUGCAUAUUUGUGAUAAAGUGAACGUAUAUGGUUUUGGAGCGAACAGAAACCGAGUCUGGCACCACUACUUUGAGCCACCCCCAAAAAACUUCCGGCUGAAUGUACCUCACAGUGUGUCAAAUGAAUACAGCGUGAUAUUAGAGCUCUCCAAAAGGAAAAAGAUCCAGCUCUUUACGGGGAUCUAA